GUAGAGAGCUAGCGCCUGGCAGUGAGUUUCAAUACGCCGUGAAAAGAGGAGGUUGGAAUUUCUCGGUCUUGCAUACUUCAAGCAAAGCAGAUUUCAUUCGCAUGAAAUUACCACAUAUCGAGAGAGCUGACUGACAAGAGUCACGUAUGAAUACAACACAGACGUCGCCUGACCUUUACGUUCGAGCUGGAAGGUGGGAGACGCGUAGGCAGGCAGGGCAGGGCAAGACAACACACAAGACGCGUGGGAUGGUGGAUUGAAGGUCGUGCUCUUAAGAAGAUAUGCGGUUUUAUGACGGUGUGAGUGUGCAGUGGUCAGGAUGGGUGCGGGGCUUGGGCGCAGCGCGGCGGUUGCUGGUGAGGAGCGAGAGGCGUUGGCUUGGAGACGGCAGUGCUGGCGGAAUGUAGGAAUGGGGGAACACAAGUGCGUCGUGAGCUACUGCUGCUGUGGAUGUAGCCUCAGGAGUGGAUCGCUGGCCAUUGGCAUUGUUGUCUUGAUCCUUUCCCUGCUGAACGCCAUCUACAACAUCAUUGCGGCCAUCAGAACUGGUGUUACCGUUGGAUGGAUCGGCUUCGCCACUAACCUUUUCGUCGUCAUCGUAUCAUGCAUCCUCAUCAUGGGAAUCCGUCAGGAGCGACGUGGCUUUGUCAUGACCUGGGUGAUUACAAUGGUGGUGAUCAUCAUCAUCAACAUCAUCACCUCUAUCAUCGCCCUGGUCACCACCUUCAGCCUCGUGGCCGGCCUCAUCGUUCUGGUGGUCAUGGGUGUUUUCAUAUAUUUGGUGGUGGUGGUUCGUUCAUACGCCCUGACGCUUGGCUCCAGCGCUGGCGUGGCCGAAACCAGAACGACCACACUCCCGCAGCCCGAGGCGAUUCCGGUGGGAGGGAAUGGCUGCACUACCUCGACCUGUGCCUCGUGAUUGCAGUGCCUACCUUACUAGGAAUACACAAAAAUCAAAACGUUACAUUAAUACCUUCACUGCUUUUUCGAUGAAGUAGUCAGUAAAGAGUUUAUCAAGACUUAAUAUAUUUUUGCUAUUUUUUCGACCCAAGUUUUUUGUCUUAACACUAUAACUAUUGUGAAUGCUUCGUGUACACACACACACACACACAUCACACACACAUCACACACACACACACACACACACACAUACACACACACACACACACACACACACACACACACACACAUUAUGCAACACGAUUCAGUCGCCCAAAUAGUAACAACUGACAAAAGAUGUACAAUGCGCUAAUGUGAUAGUAAGUGUUUACAAAGCGUAAGUCGAGACCUCCCUGAAAGUAACACCAGUAUUACUACUGCCAACCGAUGCUCGAGGCUGCCAGAGAAGGGAUGAACAUUAUAUUACCAAAAGGCCAUAGAUAGUCAGGGUGAGCAGAGCAGAUGUCGGUAUUCAUGUGCUCCUUGACACCCGCAGCAAUGGCAGGUGUUGCCUUACUCCAACCUCCGUCACAUCUGACCGUCUACAACACUAAAGUAAAUAAACUAAGUGACAUUUCUGUUUGAUGUUAAGUAAUGUGUAACCAUAUCUGUACCUUUCGUAAAGUUUAGCUUGAAGCCAAAUCUUACUGUAUUCCUUUAGCUAUGAGAGUUCAAACAAUAUUUCGUUUAUUGACCCAGUUGUUGGGCAGCAAAAUAUCCGUGCUUGUAUUAUUGUAGUCAGGCUCAUUAUAUAGCAGCCGGUGUGUUCAAUAGUGUGUAAGACGAGCACUAAUACGUGUUUGUGUUCUUCAUAAGCCGCUGUUGUGUCAUGAGAAACAAUCUUAGCUUUGUUAUGAAGUAUAUUCCAUUUUUGCAUUUUCCUAUCAGCUGCAGAAGGACCAAACAACGCAAGGUGCCGUGCGUGCUUAAUGUUCUCGAUGUGAGCCACACGUCUCAGACUUUCAUUUGUUUUGCCUGACAGUUACUGGGGCCCUGACUGUAUUCCUAUUGCUCUAUGUAUGUCAACCGCUGGUGAUUACAGUUUUUCCUCUACUACAGUAUACGCAACUCUCAUUUAAAAAAAAAUCAAAUAAAUAAAUAAAUGUAACGUUCAUUAUAAUGUGUGCUCUGAGUUUUGAAGUAAAAUGACGAUGAAGGGUCAGCUGCAAUAGGAAUACUAACGGCAUACCUUCGUGAUUACUGCCCAAAGCAGCAACUGUUGAACUGUGUCGUCACAUUAUUAACUUGAAAUAAGGAUUCCUGCCCUCCCAUCCCUCGUAUUAGUUUACGUUUAUAAUAAAGAACUUUGAUAGAAAUCACCAUAAAUUUGAGGAGCUUAAAGAUUUAAUGAAAGGAAUCAUGUACUGUUAAUUUUUUGCAAGUUUUCAACUUAGUGUUUAUGUAAUUUGCUAUAUUUGCUAUGAUAUUUUCUCAAUAAAACUAUGAAAUCACUUUUA